AUGCCGAAUUCAUCAUCACCGGAAGCCUUAAUCCACGACCCUUUAAAGCCAUGGAAACACCUCCUCUCCCCACAGCCGCUGAAAAUCCCAAUUUUGGCCUCCAAUUUCAUGAAAGCCCUCUUCGCAAUCUGCAUCGUGGGGGCAUUUUCGUUAUUCCUCACGACAUGGCGGGCCCACGACUGCAAUCGGGCCAUCCGGGGCACAUUCCGCCACAUUACCAAGAGCGACCUUGGUCUCGUCAACCGAGAUCGAGGUCGCCACCCAGACCGCACCAACCUGUCCCACAUCGUUUUCGGGAUAGGCGGGUCGGCCCAGACGUGGGGCACGCGGCGCCGCUACUGCGAGCUUUGGUGGAGGCCGAACGCGACGCGGGGCCACGUGUGGCUGGACCAGCGGCCGGAGAAGGAGUGGCCGGCGACGUCGCCGCCGUACUGGGUGUCGGCGGACACGGGGAGGUUCAAGUACACGAACUGGUACGGGUCGAGGUCGGCGGUGCGGAUCGCGAGGAUCGUGAAGGAGAGUUUCGAAUUGGAGGCGGCGGGGGAGGGGGAGGUGCGGUGGUUUGUGAUGGGGGAUGAUGAUACGGUAUUUUUUACGGAGAAUUUGGUGGAGGUGUUGAACAGGUAUGAUCAUAGGGAGAUGUAUUACAUCGGGGGGAAUUCGGAGAGCGUGGAGCAGAACGUGGUGCACUCCUACGCGAUGGCCUACGGCGGGGGAGGCUUCGCGGUCAGCUACCCGCUGGCGGCCGAGCUCGUGCGGAUUUUGGAUGGCUGCAUUGAUCGCUACGCCGCGUUUUACGGCUCGGAUACCAAGGUGGCUGCCUGUGUUAACGAGAUUGGGGUCCCUCUCACCAAAGAGCUUGGCUUCCAUCAGAUGGACAUACGAGGAAGCCCAUUCGGCCUACUCUCGGCCCAUCCCAUUGCACCCCUCGUCUCACUCCACCAUCUAGACUACGUGCAGCCCAUUUAUCCGGGCAUAAAUCGGGUCGAGUCUAUAAAAAGGCUAAUCCAAGCCUACAAUGUGGACCCGGGUCGGGCGCUGCAGCAGAGCUUCUGCUACCACCCGACCCGGAAUUGGUCCGUGUCUGUUGCGUGGGGCUACAACGUGCAACUCUACCCGUUUGCGGUGACGGCCAAGGAUCUGAGCACCCCGUUACAAACAUUCUUAACGUGGGGGACGUGGAGCCAGUCGCCAUUCACAAUCAAUACCCGAUCCCAAAGCUUCAACCCGUGUGAAAGACCCAUUAUCCAUUACUUGGACCAAGUUAACGGGUCCGGGUUGGGUACCAUGACGUCGUAUAGGAGGCCACAUCCGGCACGCGCCGCGAGGCGGUGCAAAAAUGAUAGCUAUGCAAAGGCUUAUUCGGUGAAGGAGUUUAGUGUUAUGGCAGCUCCGCUUGAUCCUCAAAUAUGGAAGAAGGGGCUACGUAGGCAAUGCUGCGAGAUAAUGGACGGCUCAGAUGUAGUGGACGGCGUCUUGCAGGUUAGAAUCAGACGCUGCAAUCAAUGGGAAUCAGUAACGCCACGUAAGACGUUUAGCCCUACAGAGAAGAAAAAAGAACAUUGA